AGUUUGACCCGUGGGUCUGUAGAUCUCUUUUUCGAUUCUUCCGUAAAUGAGGCAUGUAAAAGGAGGAAGGAAAAGGAACGAAUUCGAUUUCGAAUAGAAUUGCUAAAAAGAAAUUGUAGCCGUUUUGGAUUUCCACUGGAUAGUAUGCAGAAAGGAGGAGAACUGACACCAUCGCUACCAUCGCAUCGCGGCCAUUCCGAAGGAGAAGGGACAUACAUAUACCAAGGCCCAUCGGGCCCGCUCUUAGAUGUUCAGAGACACGGAUGAUGGGCCAGUAGUGGCCCCAGAAAUUCCAACAAGGACGAAGCAUAAUGCGCGACUCAAGGUCGGUUCUACUACCGACCAGAGUCCGUGAUGGAACCACGUUCAGCAGGGUCGUACCGUGACCUCGCCAGGCCCUCCUUCCCCUCUUCUCCCACUUUACAACCCCCUAGUCCAUCCCCUCUUUUCUUUCCUUGCAAGCUGAGCUCCGCCAACGGCGGGGCCGUCGACUCCCCUCGCGGUGCCCCGCGACUCGAGCCUCGCGACAUUCCUUAGUUCUCGACUUUCAGAUGGAUGGAAAAGCUUUACGCUCUUCCAGGCCGUAAGCUUCGCUCAACGAUGAAUAAGAAACCGUCGAGUGGACUUUUAUAUUAGAAUUAUUAUUGCUUUGUCCCUUUCGCGUUGAAGAAUUCUCCGAAAAUUGCGAGUCAACGAAUGGAAUGGAAUUUUCUAUCGAUGCAAAAGAAACGGAGGAGGGAACCUUGGACCUCCGAAGACCCAAGGUUCUAAAGUAUACAUCUCGUAAACAUUGAUCGUUCGUAUUACAAUUAGCUAAUUUCACAAGGAAUCGAAGAAUCUGACAGGAGAAGCAAAAGGAGGAGGGAGUCGUUCCCCGUUGCGACGGCCCUGCGUCCAGAUGAGGCCCGCCUUUUUACAACGGGCAAGAAAGGCCGUAGUGGUUGAAACGAGACGAACGAGAAGAGUGUGGAAGGAGCAGACGGAAAGAGAGGGCAGGAGGAACGCAUGUACGAGGAGUCAGCCCGUAUGUGGUCGAGCGAGGAAGAGGACGAGACUGGAGAGGAAGGGCCGAGAGAAGGAGAGAAAUAGAAGAAUAAAAAAGAAGGUUGUUAGAUGUGGUGGGGGAAGAGUAAUAGGUAAAAGCAGGAUGGAAAGGAGGAGGGAAGGAAGAGAGAAUCGACCGGGUGGUGCAAGAAACGAAGGAAGAGAAGCCAACAAGAGGAAAAAAGGUGGGAUACCUUAAAAAUUGAGACCCACAGAGGUGGGGAUUGGAAUUUCGGGCCCCGUAAACCGGCCAGUCUCGAGGAGGCCUUCGCGAAGAUGAGGUGAGGAGAAGAGAAGAUACACCGAAGAAGAAGAAGAAGAAGAAGAAGAAGAAGAAGAAGAAGAAGAAGAAAAAGGAGGAGGAGGAAGAGAAAGAGUAGAAGAAGAAGAAGAAGAAAGGGAAAAGGAAAAGAAGAACAGGAAGAAGGAAGAGACAACGACGACACGACACAACCAUAACAACAACGACAACAAUAAUAAAAACACCGAGUAGCAAUUACAACAGCGAUAACAAACGACACUGUGUACUGUGUUUAAUCUAGCGUGUACUCGGUAUGGACCGUCAGUGCACGCUCUGCGUACUCGUACCGGCGUACCAAUACCGUACCUACGUUGACAAUUACCACCAGCGCUUAGAGCACCAGUGGCAGCAGUACACCCACCGACAGCGUUUGUGCGAGCAUCCCUAUCAAGAGGAACAGCUCUACGAAAACGUCGUCUCCCAGUAUCGAAUGAAAAUGUGCUAUCACAACGAUUACGAGAACGACGAGCAAAUACAAAAGUUUUACUGGGAGCAGUGCUAUAAACACGACGACGUCGACGCCACUGCGUACUAUUAUUGCGAAUAUGCAAAGAAGGAAAUCUAUGAUGUGAAGCAACAGAGGCUCUGUCUAGCGCAAGAUGAGUACAAUCAUCUUAACAAUGCUCUAACAACUCUAGGUGCAUCGCGUACUAGUUUGUGCUCCAGUUCAAGUUCACUAAGCACCAAGUACGAUCCUGAUCUUCUCAAGUCCGAUGUGGCACUCGCGAGAAGUCGAGUUUCUCGACUAAAACGAGAACUGGAACAGAUCAGAGCAGAAAUGAACUGCACGCAACGGGGAGUAAACACCCUUGCAAGCGUGGAGCAAAAGCUAAGCGGACACCAUGGAGGUUGUUAUAACAUCACAGAAGCCCAGGCAAUUAUGACAGAGCUCCGUAACAUCCAAAAAUCGUUGAGUUCAGGAGAGAAGGAAAAAGCUGAAUUGAUGCAGUCCCUGGCACAGCUUAAGGAUGAGUUAACGAGAUUGCAGCUCUGCGAAGGUAGUCCCGAGGCUAGCACGCUCAGUUUACCCCAAGAGAAACUCAGCACGGCGUCUCAAACGGAUCUGUCAGGUGAAUUGGUACCGAUUGGCACUCGUUUAGCUGAGAUGGCGCGAAUGAGGUUACAGUACGACGAGGCAAGAAAGAGGAUACAGCACAUUCAACAGCAAUUGGCGGAUCUCGAAGAAAAAGUGACACCUGGCCAGACGGAAAGCGACAAAGAUAAGCUAUUGCUUUUCCAAGAGAAAGAACAAUUACUCCGAGAACUCAGAAGCAUUACGCCGCGUACUAGAACACAGCAAGAUAUGAAGAAGAUCCAAAGCGAGAUUCGUCGACUGGAACAAGACUUGAAUAACGCGCUUGAAUUGUCGAAUAAAACCAUCACCGACCGUGUGCGGCUUCACGAAGAGAAACAAUUGUUACUGCAGCAAUUGAGAGACGCCCUGCGUUCGAUGGCAAUGCUCGAAGGUCAAUUAAAGACACUCAGCGCGAGCACACUUUCGGUGAGCAGCAGUUCUAGUCUUGGAAGUCUCAGUACGACCAGCAGUAAAGGCUCUCUGAGUUCUGGAUUGAGUUUCACCGACAUUUACGGCGGACCGCAGUGCUUGGGUCCCGUUACUUCGCAACAAGAACGUCCAGUUGAUAUGGUGGAUCUACAUAGACGCGUCGAGAGAUUGCUCAGAGGUUCCGAACAAAAUAAUCUCGUUAGUACACCAUCGCCUGGUAGGUCUCAGCCAAGUCUGUCGCCAAGAUCCAGCCUUUCCAGCGUCAGUCCUCCUGUUUCGCCGCUCUAUGAAAACGCUCCCAUGGGACCACCGCCUGCCUACGAGCACAUAGAAAUGCAGAGGAGACAGCGUCAAAGAGCUUCAGCUUCUUCUAUCGUUCACCUGGAUGAAAACCAAUUGGAGGAUCGAUUAGCAGAGCUCAGGCUCAGUCAGCAGCAAACGCCGUCGCAGGAACAGUCGUGCAGCAGCUCCCAAGACCGUCUCAAACUCGUCGGUGGCCCUCAUCCUCCCGUCGAACUGCAGUCAGGAAAUAUGUCCCAGGGGAGCGGACUUGGCAGGCCUGUAGCUAGUAUACAGCAUCAAGUUCCGUCGCAAGAGCCACCACCUCUCUCGCCUAUCAGCGAGACACCACCACCCACUGAAAUACGAUCGAGAGCUAGUAGUUCAGGCACAAACACCAGGUCCGUUUCAGCAGCAGUCUCGGACGAAAGCGUCGCGGGUGAUUCAGGAGUCUUUGAAGCCUCCAAUCGAAGAAGACUUUCAGGAGUGAUCGGAGACGUUGACUCGUUGGCGCUUGGAGAGAUGAGCUUGGAGACGGCGCAGGUCCAGAUCAAGCUUAGAUACUCCGUAAGCGACGGUCUACUUCAUGUUGGUAUCGAACGUGCACGAAACCUGGCUGCACUUUUUAUUCCUAACAACACGCAAGUGUACAUCAAAGCUGCAUUGCUUCCGAUGCAACCACCUAUUAAUCACAUGUGUUGUACAAAACCUGUCGUGGAUUUGCACAAGCCAACCUUUGGUGAAACGUUCCCCAUUGCUGUACCACUCAACAAACUGUAUACGAAGACACUGCAAGUUAACGUUUGGUGUACAGGCAGUGAGUCUGAGGAGUGCUUGGGAUCCGCCCAAGUAUCCCUUGCAGACUUUAGUCCAGAAUUGCCAAGCGUGAAAUGGUACAAUAUACUGUCCUUCCGCUUUAUGCAACCACCUGACAGCCCAAGCACGAGCACUGGCAACAGCACCACUGUCUGCAUCAGCAUAGCGAAACAAGCCAAACACGAUAAACAAGAAUCUGAUAUAUCGGUGUAUCGUAGCGGGCAAAACAUUAAGGAGGAAAGCAGCGACGAGAGUACAAUUAUCAGUUCUCAGACGUCUACCUUGACGAGAAACCAAGGCUGCGACGAGCUACAAACAGCCAUCUCGUUGAGGCUCGAGGAGUUGGCCAAUUGCUUGGGAAGUCCCGAGGAAGAGGAUGAAAAUGCUGGUAGUGAAAGCGGAAGCGACGACAGCGACGAAGAGGGAAUUAUUGUGGAAUUCAUGAUGGAAGAUAACGUUUUAGAAGAUGUAUUAGAGCACGAGGAGGAUGAAGAGUUACACGAGGAGGCCAAACAAACGCAGGAUAAGGAAACCAACACCGAAUGUAUUUUCAUCCCAGAACAGGGAAAACAAAGGAAAUUAUCAGCGGCUGGUGUCGCGCCCAAUGCUAUAUACGACGAUAGAAAUUCUAUUGUAAUCAAGAGGAGCCAAACAUUUUCACCUAGCGCUGCAGUUAGCAAAAAUCAUUAUAUUUGUCGACUCAAUCGGAGCGACAGCGACAGCAGCAUGCCACUUUAUCGCAGAGGCGGACCCUUCCAACGAAACUCAGUGGAAAGACGGUCUCUUCGAUGGCGACGUCCUUCGUCCGCGCUUAGUUGUAAAACAGCCACGAAAAAAGGCACCAAUUUACCACCCACUGCUAGAACCUCGUUGGAUCUUGAAUUAGAUCUUCAAGCGCAGCACGCUAGACUGAGCAAUCUCCAAGAUGAGCUCACUCGAUUGCGAGAACUGAAGCAAAGGUUAGAACAAGCGCGAGAGAAAGGAGACACCGAUUUUGCAACUUGGCUGCUGGAAGAUCACAAGUUCCAAAGCUUUAUGGCACAAGCCGAAAGCGGAAAGAGCGGGAAGACUGCUGAGGAUAAAAGAGUGGAAAAGAUGUUGAAGAGGACCUCGAAAGAAAUUUACAAGCUACGGAAAACGAAAGCUGGAAAGGGCAAACCUGACAUCAUUUCUUUCAAGGAGAAAAUGGCUUUCUUCACGCGUGUCAAUCUCAAUGUUCCUGUACUUCCACCUGAAGAUUCAUCGUACGAAAACGUAUCAUUGCCACCUCUGUCAUUCGUCCAACACAAGAGAUACGCCUCGGAGCCGAUUAGCAGUGAAUCCGUGGCUACUAAACUUGGUGCUCAGGGUAUGUCGAAUGUGGCCACAUGGUCGAAUAGUGUUCCCAGCGAGAGUGCAUCCUCGAUGAGAGGCUACGGUGCAGUAAACAUAAACGCGAGUGUCGUUGGAAAUUUAAGCGAAGAUAUUCUGGCCAACAGUACAAAUAAAUCCGUGAACGCGAAAGGUCGACCUGCCGUGGCGAAGCUGCAGUGCUCCGAAAACGGUCAAGUCGAGACCUUGAAAUCAACAGAGGAGAACGAUAACGAAGAACCAAGAAGGUACGAAUACGUCGUCGACAGAGUUCUCGGUGUAGAAGUAUAAUGUUCAUGUUUUAGGCUGUCUUUUUAUUUCUAUCAAGAAAAAAUCGUUUGUAUUAUUCAACGGUUAACACUUUAACUACUGUUGUAUUUAGAAAGAGUUUACAACUUGAAAGUGGACUUUAAAUUAAUAUAUAUUGAUCUAGGCUGACGUUAACUGGUGUACACUAUCGCAAAGUGUAUCGAAAGCCUCGUCUGUUUCCUUAAUUUGAGAACCGUAAGUACAGUGCAAAGUCCCUAGUUAAAGUGUUAACAUAAAGUGUUGAUCGACACCGCGCUUAGAUGAAAUUUAAAGAGUGGAAAUGAAGAAAGGGAUGUUCUAGAUGCCAUGUAUAGCGAUCGAUGAAAAUAAAAGUGAACAUUAAACGAAGUACAUUUUAACGGAAUAUGGUAGAUACGUAACUCUAGUACGUCUAGUACGUUAAAUGUUGUUAAAGAACUGCUGUCGAUAUUGUUAUUAUUACUGAAUGUCGACACGAUGCCGUGAAAAAUGUAGACAUAUUCGAGGCAAUAGCAAAAAUGCGCGAAUCAACGCGCACUGUACAUACGAGAACGUAAAUUAUUUAAAUGAAAUUUAUGCAGAAAUUAUUUAAUUGAUCAAUUCCAUCGGGUUCCUCUUGCAUCCCAGAUAAUCCUACGCAUAUCGCUUUGCUCCUUUUCACCGCGUAUCAGAGCACACACCACCGAGCAGCUGGACUGCAAUUUAAAAAACAAUGAGAAGAAAAAGAGGAAAAGGCAACGCAGAGAAAGGCUUUCGCCCUGGUUGGCUAAAUUCUGCCUUGAUUUCAUUUCAUAUUACCAUUUCACGACGUGUUCCUAUCCAGUUUCAAAUUUGUCUGUGCUUCUCAACCAAAUACUGAGAAAUACCACUCGAUGUCCUUCGGUUUGGAUAUUUCGCUUUGAUUAACGCUAGAACUGCCAAUCUAUUUAAUUACACCCACGUACCACGGACUUCCUCUUACAAUCUGUUGAUUGUAAACAAUGAUUUUGUCGUAACAUUUAUUGACAAUUUGUGAAGCGUAGAAUUAAUCGUAUCGAUUUGCUUCUCCAUUCUCUAAUAUUAAAGACAUCAUAGCACGUAUAACAAAUAUGUGGUAAUUCUAGUGUUAAUAAAGCUCACGUCAGAGUAUGUUAAUUCUGACUCAUACAUGUAUAAAUACAUACGUAUGCUCUAAUUUCUUUAUCAAUUGAAAGAAGGAUCACGUGUACUUAUAAACGAUAAAGAAAAAUACAUUGGAUAUUUUGUAUUAGUAUCGCAAUUCUUAAGGUGCAGAAAUCAUUAAAAUAAGGACCAUAUAUAUAUAUAUAUAUGGUUGAGUGAGUGUACCACUGAGCAAGGGGGGAGUGUGUUUGUGUAUUUUUUUUUUUUUUUAUCAAAAAAUGAUUGUAAAUUUAAACGAUUGAAAAUAGAUUUUAGAACAACAUUUCGUAUCCAACGGUGUGUUGCAAAAAUAAAACGAGUUCCUUCGUUGAAGCGAAAUUCACGUCAUAGCAAUACUUGUACAAGAAAGACAUACAAUCGUCUGUGCGGUAACACGUGUGUUCUUAACGAUUAACUUGAAAUUAGCGAACAAACAAGUAUCGCUAGGAUUUUCUGUAAUGCAAAUAAAAAUGUUGGAACAACGUCAUAUCGUUAAUGCCAUAGGUUGUAAGAAUGUAAUUUUCGAUGUUCCGAAUGUUAUUUUGUACGCGCAUAUCGAGGAACCUGAUAGGAAUUGGUUUUUUGGGGGAGUAGUAAGAUCUUCGAGACAGUUAUGUAAAUAAUUUUGUACAUAUGCAACGACAAUCAUGUUUACACGUUUACGUAGUAUAAAUAUAUAAAUAACAGAUAUUGGGGCUCUCACAGCCUGGUUCUUCACGGUUGAUGCUAAACGAGGCUUCGGGGUACUCUGUGUCCUUUGACUUGCAGCUAGCUUCCUCGGAAGGUCUAACGAUAUAGUGGUAUAUCGGUGCAGACCUAACAUACCCUAACAAAUCUAACAUAGCUAAUCUAAUAAUCUCAUAGCUAAUCCGUUUGUAAAUACAAUUUAACUCUGUAUCAGCUCAUCUAUCUGUCAGGUGCUAAAAUACCUGGACACAGCGCUAUUUGUAAGAAUACCGAUUAAAAAUCAGAUGUUGCUUUGCGUUGGGGUAGAGUUGGGUCUGCACCGAUACAUCGCUAUGUCAUUUAAUCUCCAAACAAGAUACUGUCGAAGAAGAAGAUUACUGUCUUAUCCAAAGGACAUGGUGUACACCCAGAAAUCUUAAUUAAUAUCAACCAGCUAGAUACUAAUUACACACUUAUAUUUAAAUAGGUUUCCGCGUACGCACGCGUACGGAAACUAAUUAGUUCCUGAAAAUAAGAUAUUUUCAUGGCGACAAACGGGUACAACACAAGCAACGUUUUUAUACUUCUGGUGAAACGAGAACACGAAUUGAUUUUAUGUAAAGGUUACACUGUUUUUAAGCGCAGGGUCACGCUUUAACGUGGGCGAGUCCAAGAGCCCCUAAAGCUCUGGAGUUUAAGCGCCGUUCCUCUACAUUGUCCUCUUGGGAUGCACAUUAUUUACAACAGAUUUUCCCUGCGUUUUGUUUAUCGAUUACGCCACGUAGAAGGGAAGGAGCCUUUAACGAAUUACUCGUCCACGUUAACAAAUUGCGUUGGUACCAGUGUAUUGUUGUUUUACUGUGUUGAAUCAAAUGUUAUAACGACAACGUUAUCGACGAUGGGGUGGACAAUAACGACAAUAAAACGAUGUUGGUACUACUAACGAGGAUAACGACGAUGCAACGAUGAUAAUGAUAAAAUGGUGACAAUGAGCACGAUAAAAUACGAAAUAUGAACCCAUGGUACUGAUAUUGCUAAGAAUUAUAAUAAUGGUAAUAAUAAGUUCCCAAUGACAUAUACACAUACAUGAACACGUACAUCCUCCGAAAGACAGUAUGACUUGCAAGUAAUGAUAAUGAUUAAAUAGUAACGAUUCGUAUGAUAAUGAUUAAAAGAAAAGAAUACAGUAUAUUCUUGCCAUAUAAUUUGGUAUUUCGAGUUUCUUUUCUCUAAUCUUUAACGAUGAACAUGUUCCUUUGCAUUCCUGAACCUUUUCGCAUCGAAUAGUAGUAAAUGGUACAACUGGGAUAAGUAACUGGGUGCAUUUAGUGGAGACAACUGUUGAGUAAUUCUCCUGAAUUUUCUAUUUUCUGCUGAAUGCUUCAUUAGGCAAACAGAAGAAUUUAAUGUAUCUUUGGAUUCACAUUACUAGUGUUCAUUUUAUUCUGUACAGUUUCUUUGUAUUCGAUAAAUACUAACAUAAAUCUACGCAAGACUGAAUUUAGGGGUCGAAGGCCUGGCGCUGAGGAUCGAUCCAAGGUCAUCUCAAUAAGGAAAAGGUAAAGUUAGUGCUAUUAGGAGUAUUACUCUUGAAAGGAUUUCUCCAAGAAUUAUUUAAUUUACUUUGUGGUAUUAAUAUAGUAUAAAUCUCUUUCAAUAUUGAGAAAAAAUAAGUAGAGUACUAAUAUUAAUAAAUAGUACUUUCAACUUUUAAGGGGAAAUUGUAAUAUUGGAAUUCCUACUUAUGUAUACUUCAUUAAAUACAUAUUCCAUAAGAGAAAUACGGAAAAUUAGAAGACCAUUUGGCGAAUGAAGAU